CUCCCACUUUCUACAUCCUUCCUGAGAAAGAAGGACGUAGCCAGUAGCCAGCUUUCACUGUAUGGAUAAAACUGGUCUAAUAUCUCCAGUGGAUUAUCUUUGUGGAUUGGAGUCCUGGCAAGCACGGCAGUGAAAGAGUGGAGACAAGCAGUAAAUGCAGAAGCAUUGACUGUGCUGACUCCAUUGUGUAAGCUAGCAAGCUUCAUUUAAAGUAUGAAACUUUUCUGGAUUGCAGUCUGGACAUGGAUUCUGGUACUAGAAGGUUUGCUCUUGUUGACAAGCAGUCAUCCUGUUCAUUCAGAUGAACGCAAUGCCGCUCUGAUGAGAAAUUGCACUGCAAAGCCUCCCUACGUGCCUUCCAACAUAGUCAACACCACAGUCCGUUUAAAUGCUCUCAGGAAUUUGAUGGAUGGACACAAUAUCAGUGUAUAUGUGAUUCCUGCCACCGACCCUCAUUUGAGUGAGUAUAUUAGCCCUCGGUAUGCACGAAGAGCCUGGAUGACGGGAUUCAAUGGAUCUGCAGGUAUUGCAGUAGUCAGUAUGACAAAUGCCGUACUCUGGACAGAUGGACGGUACUGGAUUCAAGCUGAACGCCAGAUGGACUGCAACUGGGAGCUCAACAGAGGGGAAACAACGAUUGUCAAUUGGAUUCUGCAACAAACAAAAGAGGGAGAAAUAAUCGCUGCUGAUCCCUUUCUGUUUUCAGUUGACCUGUGGAUAAGUUAUGAAAAGGCUUUGGUUCAAGGCAAACGACAAUUUGUUUCCAAAGAAUCCAACUUAGUAGAUAUUAUCUGGGGUGAAGAACGACCACCUGAACCGACAGACAAUAUUUUUAAAAUUCCUUCUGAAUUCCUCGGAAGAACAUGGCAAGAAAAGGUGAAAGAAAUCCGUGCAGAGAUGAAAAAUAACCUUUACCAGCCAACGGCACUGUUAAUCUCAGCACUGGAUGAAAGUGCAUGGCUGUUCAACUUACGAGGGAACGACAUUCCAUACAAUCCUUUCUUCGAAUCUUACACAUUGUUGACUGCAGAUUGGAUAAGACUGUUUGUGAAUGAAUCACGACUGCCUCCAGACAUUAAAGAAUACUUGAAUGCGCAUUGUACCACAGCUGAGUGCGUUCAACUGAAGCCCUAUGACCAAAUCCAACAAAAUGUGGAAGAAUAUGCUAAAGGAAACGUUACCAUCUGGAUUGGUCAAGAGUACACAACCUAUAGUGUUUAUAAAGUCAUUCCUGAGUCAAAAUUAGUAAUUGAUAAGUACUCUCCAGUUCAGAUUUCCAAGGCUACUAAGGAUGCAACGGAGCAGAAAGGGAUGAAAAGAGCCCAUGUGCGUGAUGCAGUCGCUGUCAUUAGUUACCUUGUGUGGCUGGAAAAAACUAUUCCAAAAGGAACCGAGACUGAACUCUCAGGUGCACAUUACUUAAACAAGUUGCGCAGUGAGCAGAAUCAUUCCAAAGGGCCCAGCUUCGAGACCAUCUCAGCCAGUGGGUUGAAUGCAGCUCUUGCACACUACAGUCCCAAUGAAGAAAACCAAAGAAAGCUGACACCAGAUGAGAUGUACUUGGUUGAUUCUGGAGGACAGUACCUAGAUGGAACAACAGAUAUUACCCGUACAAUACAUUGGGGAACACCAACUGAUUUUCAAAAGGAAGCUUACACUCGCGUGCUAAUGGGACAGAUUGACACGGCUCGAUCUAUCUUCCCUGCCAGAACAAAGGGAGAUUCACUUGAUGUAUGGGCUCGACAUUCAUUGUGGGAAGUAGGAUUAAACUACAGGCAUGGAACUGGACACGGAAUUGGCAGCUUCCUUGGUGUUCAUGAAUGGCCAGUUGGAAUUGGGAGUGGUCAAACUUGGUUAUUGGAUGAGGGAAUGUUUACAUCUAUAGAACCUGGCUAUUAUGAAGAUAAUGAAUUUGGAAUUCGGAUUGAAGAUAUUGUCAUGGUAGUAAAGGCAGACACUAAGCAUAUGUUUGGUGGAAUACCCUACCUGACCUUUGAACACGUAUCUCUUGUUCCUUAUGAAAGAAAAUUGAUUGAUCUGUCCAUUUUGAAUGAGCAGCAGAUUCAUUGGCUUAACAAUUAUUAUAACAAGAUCUGGAAGAUAGUGUCCCCUGAGCUAUACGCACAAAACCUAAUGGAAGAAUAUAACUGGCUUCAGAAACACACUCAACUAUUUUCACACAGUGCUUUUGUGACAUUUUCAUUUCCUCUUUUGGUUGGAGUCUUGUUGGGAAAUUUAAUAUUACAGGGAAAACUUCAAUAGCAAUCCAUAAAAUUCACAAACCUAACCUUUUUCACAGACCUUUUAGUUUUGAUUAGUGAUAAAGUGCAGAAACAGCCCAUCAGGUGACCGAGUCCAUGCUGACAAUCAAUCACCACACACUUAUACUAUCCUACACACACUAGGGACAAUUUACAAUUUUGCCAAGCCAAUUAACCUGUACAUCUUUAGAGUGUGGGAGGAAACCAGAGCACCUGGAGAAAAAGCCACACAGGUCACAAGGAGAAUGUACAAACUCCAUAGAGACAGCACCCAUAGUCAGUCUCAAACCCUGGCCUCUGGCGCGGUAAGGCAGCAACUCUACCACUGUGACACCGUGCUGCCCCUUAACAGAAAGAAAUCCCAUGAAUUAUUCUCAUUGCAGGUUAUUCCAUGUAUUAAUGUGAAAACUAGGUGUCACUUGUAUUAUACGGCAACAGUGAAAUGUUGCACUAAUAAACAAACAUACUACAGAAAUAUAAAACACAUACUAGUGUGUUCAAUUAAACAAAAACACUGCGCUAUAGGAACCUAGAACACAGGAACUGGCCCUUCGGCCCGCAAUGUCUGUGCCAAACAUAUUGUCAAUAUAAACUGAUCUCAUCUGCCUUCAACAAGAUUCAUAUUCCUCCAUUCCCCGUAUAUCCAAAUGCCUAUCAAAUAGCCUCUUAAACUCCACUAUUGUAUCUGUCUCAACCACUACAGCGAGCAGCAUGUUCCAAGCACCUAGCACCUUCUGUAUAAAAUAACUUGCCCCACACAUCUCCUUUAAAUUUUGCCCCUGUCAUUUUAAAGCUAUGCCCUCUGGUCUUUGACAUUUCCAAGCUGACAAAAAGCUUCUGACUAUCCUAUCUACGGAUCUCUUCAUUUUAAUAUAUUUCUAUCUUUUUAUAAAUUUAUAAUCAUAUAUUAGAGGAAGUAUCAUCAGUUUUUAUGUCAAUUUCCUAACAAGAUAAACCUGACAUUUUUAGUUCCCCCACAACCAGAGCUGCUCUGCUGAUGUAGGAUAUUGCAUUCUUCAUAUAGUUCCAUUCACUGAGAUUCAGGCUUUCAGGUUGGUCUCUAUCUAUGGCAAAAUAGAAGUUUGUUUUAUUUUAUAGCAUAACAGUUCUCUGCUCACAUUAGGGACACUUUCCCAAGGGUUAUCUUUUGCUGCAAAUGAGAAUUACACUUGAAAUUAAAAUAAGGGUAGCAUAUAAUAAAAUAAAGCAGGGGGAAAAAAAGACACAAUGUGCUGGAGUAACUCAGCGGGUUCGGCAGCAUCCCUAGAGAACAUGGAUAGAUGAGGUUUUGGGUCGGGACCCUUCUUCAGACUGAAUAAGUGACUUUGGGUGAUUUUUUUAAUUUAGUUUAGUUUCUAGAUACAGGCCUUUCGACCCACCAGGUCCGUGCCGACCAGCGAUCUCCGCACAUUAACACUAUCCUACACACACUAGGGACAAUUUUUACAUUUACCAAGCCAAUUAACCUGCAAACCUGUACGUCUUUGGAGUGUGGGAGGAAACCGAUCUCGGAGAAAACCCACGCAGGUCACAGGGAGAACGUACAAACUCUGUACAGACAGCACCCGUAGUCAGGAUUGAACCAGGGUCUCCGGUGCUGCAUUUACUGUAAGGCAGCAACUCUACCGCUGUGCCCAAAUACAAAAGAAAAUCAGCAUUGAUAAUAUUUGCCUUAACUUUCUUAAAUCGUAAGGUCAUAAGAAAUAGGAGUAGAUUUAGGCCAUUCGGCCCAUCAAGUCUAUUCCGCCAUUCAAUCAUGGUUGAUCUAUUUCUCCCUCCUGACCCUAUUCUCCUGCCUUCUCCCCAUAACCUCUGACCCGUCUAGUAAUCAAGAAUCUAUCUAUCUCUGCCUUAAACAUAUUCACUGACUUGGCUUCCACAGCCUUCUGUGGCAAAGAAUUCCACAAAUUCACCACCCUCUGACUAAGGAAAUGUCUCCUCAUCUCCUUCCUAAAAGAAUGUCCUUUAAUUCUGAGGCUAUGACCUCUAGUCCUAGACUCUUCCAUUAAUGGAAACAUCCUCUCCACAUCCACAUCCAUUUAGACAUCUCCGAAGCUGAGCAAAAUAAUAACUUGAUGUAAUACUGCCAAGAUCAAAGUUGCAGAGCUGUUGCUAUGUUUUAUGUGAACCACAAACAUAAUAUUAAGUGACUGGAGGAGCUCCAAGUGUCAGGCCACCCAGAUGACAGUUCUCCAUGACAUGGAUAAUGAUUUAUAAAAAAAAUAGCUCUAUCUCUGCCAUGUAGUCUCUGCAGAAUAGUUUGAAGAAAAUACUUUUAACCUAUUUUCAACUUCGUACUCAACCUUCUAGCGUUUUUCAAGUGUUUACUACGCAUAGAAGAUUGUAAACAUAAAACCUAAGAAAGCUUUGACCUAGAUAAACUUCUUGCUUCCACUAAAGUACUAAAAAUGAUUAUUUCCUUCAUCUGUCAAUGUUAACCAUACUACGCUGUGGCAGAGGCCAUACACUCUAUGCCAGCUCUCACCCAUUAACUCUCUAUCCCAUUCCAAGCAACACCUUCGCUGUUAUAACAAAUUCCUCUUUGAAUUACUGUGAACACAAAACGUUAUCACUUAAUUUCAGAAUUGCUGACAUCAAAAGCACCCAGAUAUUCUAGGUUAUAUAAUGUCUGCCUUCCAUGUCAUUUACCCCACCUGCUCUGUCCCAAAUGAAGUUGGCCAAUUCGACCCUCAAUAUCCACACAACAGCAAGCUGGCCUAUACUCCAAUCGGGCGUCUGUUCUGUGAAGACUUUGUUUCCUUCAUUUCACGGUUCCAAACGCUACAUUUUUCUUUAUACUUGCUGCUGAGCAACACAAGAGCUUGUAACAGCAGCUCAGUGGCACCCAAGGCCUUGGCAUGCUGCACAUUGACAACAUAACUCACGUUUUGCAACUCACAUCCACAUCUAAACCAGUAAAAGCUGGAUAUGCUUAGCAGGUCAGGCUGCAUCUGCAACAUUGAAGACCCUCUGUAGAUGUGUUCUGAUCUGAUGAGUAUUUCCAGCAUUUUCAGUUUUUAUUUUAGAUUUCCAGCAUCUGCAGUUUGUUUUUUUACAUGUUCAACUAUUUCUAAGGCCACUUUCUCAGUUUGAUAUGAUAAUGUUCCUGUUUCCAAUUUUUAUACACUAACAUAAUGCCAACUUAAUGCCAAAGCACCCACGUUACAAUUUGCAGUAAGUAGUGCCUUUCAACUUAAAGCCAAAGCACCCAAGCCACCAUUUGCAGUAAGUAGUGCCUUUCAACUUCAAGCCACAAUUUGCAGUAAGUAGUGCCUUUCAACUUCAAGCCAAUGCACCCACGCCCCCAUUUGCAGUAAGUAAUGCAUUUUAACUUCAAGCCAUUGCACCCAAGGAGCGCUAGUAUGAACCAUUUUAGAACCAAUAGACAUUUUUUUUGCAAGCUUUAGAACCAAUAGACAUUUUUUGCAAGCUUUAGAACCAAUAGUCAUUUUUUUGCAAGUUUUAGAACCAAUAGUCAUUUUCUUUGCAAGCUUUAGAACCAAUAGACAUUUUUUGGCAAGCUUUAGAACCAAUAGACAUUUUUUGCAAGCUUUAGAACCAAUAGACACAUUCUGCAAGCAUUUUAGAAACACUAAGGGCACUUACAUUUGAGUAGACAUGUGUUCAGUGUUAUUCACAGCUCAGAGAAACGUGACCCUCUGCCUUCCUCCAUCUUGAAGAGACUGUGUGGCACACCACUUCCUGGUUUUAUAGUCCCUCCCCCCUGCCACCAGCGGGGGCAGCAGAGAGAAUGGGGAAUUUUGUAAAAACAUUAAUAUCUCUGUCAUUUUUAAUCAACGGGAAAAAUCCUCGGCACACAUGCGGCGGAGGGGGGCUCUGAGUAAGGUGGCCAAAAAUGACGGCCGUAGGUGGCGGCGUUCUCUCGGAAAUCGCAGCACAGAUGGCCAAAACCGGUCAAGAACAGACUUUUAGUAAUAUAGAUGGCUAAAUAAUUUGAAACAUUGUUUGGAAAAUUAACUAAGUAACAAUGCAUUUAUUCUAUCUUGAAUCAAGUUCUGUUCACCUGCAGAAGAACACUGGUAACUUCAACUGAUUUAAUAUAAUAUUUUUUUUUCAUAUUCCCCAUGGCUGUGUUCCUCUCUCUCCCGCUCUCUCACUCUCCCUCCCACUCUCCCUCACUCUUUCUCUCUCUUUCUCUCUCUCUCCAAUCUUACAGUUCUGCAGCUACAAUAAAGCUUAGCUAAUUAUAGUCUUCUGGCUUUCUAUCUCCCUUACUUGAAAUCUAGCUCUUUCAGCAAUCUUUUGAUCAUGAAUCCUAAUACCUCAAAAUUUGUUUGUUAUGAAGUGUGAAAUAUUUUACUAAAUUAUUGAGUAUAUACGUGUUAUUGAGGAUAAAACACUAAUAAAAUAUGCAUCUCAAUCAGCUAUGAUCUAUCCAUUCGUUUGUUUUAAUGUCUAUAAAUGCAGAAGAGCUGCAAUGUCCUUUGUGAAUAAGGAUAAUAUUUGUUUUAUAACAAUGCAAAUUCCAUUUCCGUGCAGUACACUUCAGGAAAAGAGAUGUGUUUGCAUGCAGAAAGGUUAUAAUUCACUCUCUGAAUCGUUACGUCUCAUCAAUAAAUUAUUCUCUGCAGUAGCUGAGUUGUAGAAUCCUACUUCUGCAGUAGAAGUCACUUUUCUUGCACCAUUCAAGAACUUAAAAGAUUUUUUAGUAUUCACAAGAAAGCAAUCAUACUCUAAAAGAUAUGAUAUAAGCACUAAUUUCCCACCUAGCUAUCCCUUGGUACUUGAUUCCAACAACAAACUAUUCGACACAGCUUUUCAUUUUGAUUCAUCAAGUUUUACAGAAUUAAAUUUGAAACACAGCAGCUACAUUGCCAUAAGAGAGUGUCUAGAAGUUUGAGUAUUUUAAUGCAUGAUGGAAAAUAUACCUACAGGGAUAGAAAUAUAACAGUAAGUAUGAGUCACUUCACUCUCCAGAAAUUUGACUGCAUUUGCCAGCAUGAAUCGUAGUUAGGCAUCCAAAGUGAUUUCUACGUUGUUCCUCCCACUGUCCAAAGAUACAGAUUUAUAGGUUAAUUGGCUUAGUAAAAAUUGUAAAUUGUCCCUAUUGUGUAGUGUGCAGGGUGAUCGCUGGUUGGCGUGGACUUGGCGGGCCGCAAAGCCUCUUUCUGCACUGUAUCUCUAAAGUCUAAUGUCUAAUCUGGCAGACCUCAGCAAUAACAUUUAGAAUUGGUCAUAAAAUUUCCUCCAUCCUGACUACCCCUUAGGGUUGUGUGCUCAGUUCCCUGCUCUAUUCCCUGUAUUGUGAUUGUGCACAACCUAUCAGACUAAUUGGAUCUUAUUUCACCUCAUUGUGAUUGUGCAGCAAACUAUAGUACCUACUCGAUUUUUAAAUUUGCCGAUGAUACCACUGUGGUCUGCCGGAUAAAUGACAACAAUGAGACAA